GACACACGCCUGCCUGCCUGCCUGCGUGCUCGCACACACACACUGCCUGUCAGCCCGAGCCAUGGCUCCCUGGUAGAUGCUCCGAGCGGCUGUUGUCAGAGAGAAUUAAAUCCAGCCUUGCUUUCCUCCUGACCUUGCCUGCCUCCCGGUCGGGAUUUUUUUUUUUUUUUAAAUAUUUGAUUCGGGAUUCCUGCGCUGUCUCCCCAGCAUGGCUGCCUCGGCUGGACUAGACGGCUGUCUGCACCGAGGCAGAUCUCAAAGUGACCCGAACAUACUCACCGAGCCGGGCAUCGAAAUGGCUCACGGUGCAGAGCUCGUGGACCAGCAGAUGCUGCUCAGGACAGGCUGCCUGGUGACUGGAGUUCACACUCCACCCAUCCGACGCAACAGCAAGCUGGCCACCCUGGGCCGGAUCUUCAAGCCCUGGAAGUGGAGGAAAAAGAAAACGGAGAAGCUCAAGCAGAGCUCUACAGAUGUAGCGUUGUCCAGUAGCCUUCUGUGCCACGACGGCCUCUCUCCCACCCAGGCCUGCUGCUCGGACGGUGCCGUCCUGCUUGGAGGAUUCGGAGGACCUCUGAAUCCAAACAUCACCGUCAGCAGCGUGGAAUACCUUGGUCCUGACGAGGAGGAGCUUCCCCCUCCAGUAGCCGCCCCUCUUCAGGACUGUGAACGCGUGGAGGAUAAUGCGCCACUAUCGGAGGAUGAGGGGGAGGAGGAGGAGUCCCUAGCAGGAGAUCUACCUGAGGGGCUGCGGGACGCGGGGGAGCAGGUGGAAGAAGAACCAGAGGAGGAGGUUCCUCCAGGGACUUCACCGCCACAAGUUCCUCCAAAGCUUUUGCCUCAGCUGAGUACUGGAGACGAUUCAGGACCCGUGUCGCUCCCUGCUCACCUGCCCAACUCCUACCUCCCCAAGGAGCCUCCUCCACGGGCCACGGAGAGCAUGGCGUCCAUGACGCUGCCGCUGCGAGGCCCGCUGGGCAACACCUCAGGCUCCCCGCAUCUCGCCAACAUGAUGCACCCUCCCAUGCCUCCCAGCUGCAUCAUGGAGGAACUGCAGAGAGCUUUUGCGUCAAAGAACCGACAAGAAAGUGUCCACGAAGGGUGCGAGCAGGGCUCGCCCCCGCGGCUGUGGUGUUCUGACGGACGGCUCUCUCGCUCCUGCAGCUCUGACAACCAGCACACGUCUUCGCUGGGGGGCAGCUGCGGGUCAGACUGGCCCAAGAAAGAAGCGGAGGAGAACAAGGAGAACGUACGGCUGGACCAGUGCUUCUCCAACACCUCAGGCCUCCCCGUUGACCUGGAAGGCUGGAACGAUUCCGUCAUCUCCGGUACACUUCCUCGCAGGCUAAGGAAGGAGCUGCUGGCUGUCAAACUACGAAACAGGCCCAGCAAGCAGGAGCUGGAGGACAGGAAUAUCUUCCCAGCGAGGAGCGAUCAGGAGCGGCAGGAGAUUCGCCAGCAGAUUGAGAUGAAACUCGCCAAGCGACUGAGCCAGAGACCGAAUGUAGAGGAGCUGGAGGGUCGGAACAUUUUAAAACAGAGGAAUGACCAGACAGAGCAAGAGGAGAGAAGGGAGAUCAAACAGCGGCUAAACAGAAAGCUCAACCAGCGGCCAACAGUAGAUGAGCUCAGAGACAGAAAGAUUCUGAUCCGCUUCAGUGACUAUGUGGAAGUGGCCAAAGCUCAGGACUAUGACAGGAGAGCAGACAAGCCCUGGACUCGCCUCUCAGCAGCAGACAAGGCUGCAAUCCGAAAAGAGCUGAACGAGUUCAAGAGCACAGAGAUGGAAGUGCACGCCUCCAGCAAACACCUAACGAGGUUUCAUCGGCCAUAAAAGUGGAGUUUCUUCUGUGAAGAAUCGGUGAGCGUAGAAUUUCCUGAAGCUGCUACACGCUGCUAAGUGGUGACAGUUCAAAGCUCCUGGAGCCUUCUCAUCCUCAGUGUCUUUAACGUUCCCCCAGCACCCUCAUAUUAUCAGUAUGAAGGAAUGCUUUAGGGGGGAAAAUGAUGGGGAUGCUUGCAGCGGUCUAUCACGGAGGCUACGAGACGCAACAUGGACGCUGGCAUGUGAAAGAGACUUUGGUGGAGCCUCCGACUCUCAGGACAAGAGUGAGGGGGGGGGAAAAACAAUCUUGUCAUUGUCUUUUUUUUUUUUGUACUAAUAUAAAGAACUUCUUUGACAAAGCGGCGUGAAUCCGUGUAUUGGUAAGAAGUUGUGCAUGUGACCAGCUUCACUUUUUCUAAGCUGAUGAAUAAUGUGUCACUUGGACUGUGUACAGACUGUGCAGUCUGGGAGGGAGUUGGGAAAAAUUGAUAUUAACUGUACAUACAGUAUAUCAAUUGGAAUGGGACUGUUAAUGUCUUCACUUAAAAAAAAGAAAUACCUUUGUAAGCACUUCUUGUCUUCAAAAUACAACAUCUUUUUUAAGAAUGAUGCAUGUCAUUUUUUUUUAACAAUUUUAUUAGCGAUCAACAGUACGGUUGGCAAGUUUUUAAAAAGCA